AUGAGACCAUAUUUCACAGUGAAGCAAGAGUAUGUGGGAUCAAGUUCAUCGCCAAUGUCCGGCGGUGAUGAGCCGCCUCCAGUUGUGCUACCACCACAGCCAAGGGAAGGUUUACAUGAUGCAGGACCACCUCCAUUCCUGAUUAAGACUUUUGACAUGGUAGAUGACCCAAUGAGCAAUCACAUAGUUUCCUGGAGCAGAGGAAGUUCUAGCUUUGUUGUUUGGGAUCCUCAUUCUUUCUCCACAAAUCUCCUCCCUAGAUACUUCAAGCAUAAUAAUUUCUCCAGCUUUGUCAGGCAGCUCAAUACCUAUGGUUUUAGAAAGAUUGAUCCAGAUAGAUGGGAGUUUGCCAAUGAAGGAUUUCUAAGGGGUCAAAAGCAUCUUCUGAAGAAUAUAAAGAGAAGAAAGGCACCUUCUCAGCCUCUUCCUCAACAGCAAGCUCCAGAUUUUUGUGUUGAAGUUGGUCGUUUUGGAUUAGAUGGAGAAAUCGAUCGCUUGAAACGUGACAAGCAUGUUUUAUUGAUGGAAUUAGUGAAACUUAGACAACAACAACAGAAUACUAGAUCCUAUAUACAAGCUAUGGAAAAAAGGCUACAAGGGUCAGAACAAAAGCAGCAGCAAAUGAUGCGAUUCUUAGCUAGAGCUAUGCAAAACCCAGCCUUUUUACAGCAGCUAGUCCAACAGAAGGAGAAGAGAAAAGAACUUGAGGAAGCAAUGACUAAAAAGAGGAGAAGGCCUAUUGAUCAAAGAAAUAGUAGAAGUGGUGGUGGUGAACCAAGCCAUGUUGGUGAAAGUGCAAACUCCAUCAAAGCAGAGCCUUUAGAGUACGGAGACUAUGGAUUUGAAGUGUCAGAGCUGGAAGCACUUGCAUUGGAAAUGCAAGGGUAUGGUAAGGCAAAGAGAGAGCCAGAGGAUGCAGUAGAAGAGCUAGAGCCACCAGAAAGUGAAGAUAGAGAACUAGAUGAUGGAUUUUGGGAAGAACUGCUAAAUGAGAGUACUGGAGGAGACGAAGACGAAGAUGUUAAUGCAUUAGCUGAGCGCUUGGGUUAUUUGGGUUCAAGUCACAAGUCCUAA